GGUCAGUAAAACUAAUGGUGGAGUGCUUUUUACAAAUCUUUAAAAAAAAUGAAUCCUUGAUACAGUUGAGGCUUCUUAAAAAAAUCCAAUAUCCUUUAAUAAAGAAAAUAAAUCACAAAAAAUGACAAACAAAUACAAUGAAACCGAAAAAAUAUGGCACGGUCCAUCUGUUGAACAUAAUUAUCCCAACAUUGGUAUUGGCCAUUUGGUAUUGGAAAAGUUUAAAGAAACUGAUCCUGAACGAGUUCUAGAAGUUGAGCAUGAAUCUGGAGCCUCACUUACAGCAGGACAAAUUCGCACUCAAACAAUUACAGCUGCACAGAAUUUAAUGCGACUCGGAGUGAAGAAGGGCGAUAUUGUUAUCGUUUAUUCAAGAUCAAAUAUAAAAAUCACUCCUAUAACGUUUGCAUUGUACACCAUUGGAGCUACAGUGAAUUUCUUUUACUUGGAUUUGAAAGGAGAGGACAUCGAAUAUUAUUUUGAACUUAUGGAUCCAACUGCAAUCUUCUAUGAAGAAGAAUUCAAAACUGAUACAUUUCAAGCUCUUAAGAAUCUCAAGCUGUCUAAUUUGAAGCAUAUUUUAAGUUUAAACUCUGAAACUGAAUCAGUUGAUGAAAUUCUAUUUAAGCCAAUCGAUAACAUUGAGAACUUUCAGCCGCCUGAUAUUGGAGAUCCAAAUGAAUUAGCAGCACUUUUGACUUUCACCUCCGGUUCCACAGGAAGGCCCAAGAUAAGUGUGCAUUCACAUUCCAUGAUGUUGCUAGGACUUCACAAAAAGUGGUGGCAUAUGGAGCCGAAAAGUGUAGUUUGUGUUUUAUCAGACCUUCGUUGGAUAAGUCAAAUUGAGCUUAUGUUGCAACCGGUCUUUUAUGACGUCAUCCGAAUAUACACGUCAAAAUGUGAAAAAGAUUUCGACGAUUCUUAUGAAUAUGAAUUAUUUUAUAGCAACAAAGUCACUCAUUAUUGUACGGUUUCAAUACUUCUAUUAAAAACACUUCAAGACAUUGACAAAACUAAUCAAAUAUCAAAGUUGAGUUAUUUGCGAGUGAUUCUAUUGGGUGGUGAAGUUGUUACCAAGUCGUUGCUUGAUUAUGCGGCGGAAAUAAUCCCACAUUGUAAGAUUAUCAAUUCUUAUGGAAUGACUGAACUUUAUGGAAUUAUAUCUUCUGAUGAAAAAGUAUUUGGGAAAAUUGUUAAUAGAGGUAUUUUAGCUAAUGGGUAUGAAUUGAAAGUUAUUGAUGAACACGGAAAUCAUUUGGGACCGAAUGAAAAGGGUCGAUUGUGUUUGAGAUCAAAGGUACCAUUGAUUGGAUACUUUAAAAAUGACAAAGCCAACAGGGAACAUUUGAAAGGAGAUGGAUGGUAUACAACGGAAGAAUAUGGUUACAUGGAUUCUGACCAUUUAUUAAAUGUUGUUAUAAGAUACAAAUAUCUUCUGAGGUAUUAUGGACAAGUUAUCGUUCCAACUGAAAUUGAAAAUAUCGUCAAUAGUCACCCGAAUGUUUUAAUAUCAGCUCUCGUUGGAUACCCAGAUCCAGAAAAUAUUGAUUCAGAAAUAGGAACAAUAUUUGUUGUUCCAAAAAACUAUUCUCAGUCUGAUGGUAUUGAAGAUGAACUGCUAGUUUUGUUAAGAAAAAAUCUCACAAAAGACCAAACUAAGUUGGUACGAUUUUUGAAAGUUGUUGAGAAAGCUCCUAUGGUUAAUGCAUGUAAAGUUGAUCGAGUUGCAUUGAAGGAAACAGCUGCUAUUGAAUCGGCCAAUUACUUGAUGAUUUGAAAUUAAUUUUAUUAAAGAUCUCACGUAGAAGAAAAAAAAUUCUUAUUUAUACCUAAAUUAAAAAUAUUGAGUGUAUAAAU